UCACUUGUGCUUGCAUCUGCAGCACCAGAUUUAGUACGUUACUACGCAGUCGUAGUGUCGUGGCUACGUAUAUGUGACGUAAUUAUGGCGUUAAGAACUUAGUUUUUAUUACUUUUGUGCUAUAGUAGGUCAAGAGUAGAUUUCUAGUUUACUGUGUUUUCAUUAUUCUGUAUAACCUAGUGUGAAACAUCUAACUGAUUUAAGUAGACAAUAACACUGACAAGAUUUGAAAUGGAGACCGCCCCUAUUUUUCAACCGGGAUCGGUUGCCAAUGUCCCUACUUCUCAAGUGGAAUUAACUUUUUCUGCAAGAAGUAUCAUUUUAUCUAGGCUAUAGAUGUUGUAGAAAACAUGUGUGCAGCCCAGCAAGGAAAUGAUAUGAUGAGUCAAAUGGGCGGUUUUGCGGCGGGAUUAUGCAAGGAAAUUGAAAUUAGUUUAGCUGGGAGGGAUUUACCUGACUUGGAUUACUUGUCCAAAUCUGAUCCCAUGGUUGUGGUGUACAUACAGCCAUUUGGAUUGAAUCAAUGGCAGGAGUUCUGUCGAACAGAAAAAGUUGUCAACUCCAGAAAUCCUGACUUCACCAAAAAGGUUUUGAUGAUGUACCGUUUUGAAGAGCAACAGAAACUGAAAUUUGAGGUUUAUGAUGUGGAUUCUGCCAGCUCUGAUUUGAGUAAACAUGAUUUCUUAGGAUGGGUUGAGAUCACCCUUGGAACUUUGGUUUCUCAGCACAUCAUUAGAAAAAAGAUAGAAUUUCACAAUCCAAACCUUGAGAGAGGAACACUAAUUGUCUCUGCUGAAGAGCUAUCAUCUAAUAAAGAAGAAGUGGAAUUUCAGCUGGUUGCACAUGGAUUAGAUAAGAAGGAUUUUUUUGGCAAAUCUGACCCUUUUGUUACCAUUUCAAAGUCAACUGAAAAUGGAGAAUAUGUUGUGGUUCACAAGUCUGAGGUAAUCAAGACCACUCUGAAUCCUGUUUGGAAAAGUGCUAUUAUUCCUGUCAGAAAUUUGAAUAAUGGUGAUUACGAGAGAACUCUAAAACUUCAAUGCUGGGAUUGGAACCGUAAUGGAUCCCAUAGCUUUAUUGGCGAAGCUUUUUUUAGUCUCCAGAAACUACUGAAUGGUCCACUACCGAUGUCAAUUCCUUGCGUCAAUCCUGGAUAUCAGAAAAAGAAGAAGAAUUAUAAAGACUCGGGCAGAUUUGAAUUUGUUCAUUGUAAAAUCAAUCCUAUCUAUACUUUCCUAGAUUACCUGCAAGGCGGUACAGAAAUUAACUGCACCGUAGCAAUCGAUUUCACAGCUUCAAAUGGCGAUCCCAACACUCCCGCAUCGCUGCAUUAUCUGCAUGGAGGUCCAACGUUGUACGAACAGGCCCUGUCUGCCGUUGGUGAAAUAAUUGAAGAUUAUGACUCCGACAAACAAUUCCCCGUUAUCGGUUUUGGCGCUCGAUUACCUCCUAUAGGCCGAGUUUCGCAUGAAUUUCACGUCAACUUUAACCCGACCAAUCCUUACUGCUAUCGAGUCCCUGGAAUCAUCGCAGCCUAUCGUGCAUGCCUUCCCUUAGUCCAACUUUAUGGACCAACUAAUUUCGCCCCUUGCAUUCGCCAUGUCACUAAGUUCGCUCAACAAUACCAAGACGGUUCACAUUAUUUCGUCCUCCUCAUCCUCACAGAUGGAAUCAUCACCGAUAUGUAUGACACUAAAGAAGCUAUCGUGGAUGCUUCCAGCCUUCCUUUGUCCAUUAUCAUCGUCGGAAUAGGUCAAGCUGAUUUCAGCGCUAUGGAGGGAUUGGAUUCUGACAACGCCUUGCUGACUGCUCCGUCGGGACGCAAAGCUCAACGGGAUAUUGUCCAAUUUGUUCCAUUUAGCCAAUUUCUCAGUGCCAACGUGAAUCCCUUAGUUGGGAGACUUCAUUUGGCUCGCGAAGUCUUGCGCGAAGUUCCCGACCAAUUUACCAGUUACAUGAAAACCCGUAAUAUAAGCCCCAACCCUCCACGCUACGAUCUAACUCGAUUACCGCCCGACCCCAAUCUCUCUUAAAUCGCUCUCUAUUUCUUUUCAUCACAUAUUUAAAUACUCAAAAUUCAUGUUUCAUCUAUUGUCAGUGUUGCCCAAAUUUUUGGUUACCAAACAGAACUUCUAACAUUUUUCUUCUUGCUCAUCAAUGCUGAAAAUUUGAAAUUGAUGUUUGCUUAAUCUUCUGCUUAAAUGUUUUGCGAGUGUUGUUGCCAAACAUAUCCUCUAACAUUUAUCUUCUUAUUCACUAAUACUAAAAUUGGUGGCGUUAUUUCUAUUCUAAUCAAUUACAUUCUUUCAAAUUAAUUUACGUGUUUAAAAAUAAACAAGUCAAAGGAA